AUGAGCCAGCUGGCGUCGCGAGCGCGGUCGAGAAGCCGACUGACGUCUUCCCAGUCGGACGACACUGCUCAGGACGGCCGUCGCCGCCCAGGCAGUCCCGAGCCCGACCGGGAGCACUUCCGCCGCUUCCUCAGCGAGCAGAGCCGCUGGCUGUCCUACGACGCCUAUUCGCGCAUCUGCAUGGCGCUGGGCAUGAACCAGAUGCUCCAGGCGCUCGCGUACUACACCCAGGGCGUCCUCUGGGCGAGCUCGCCCGUGGCUGCCUGCACCACCUUCUUCGCCAUCAAGUUCCUCGGUCUGUUGCUCAUGAAGCUCGACGUGGGCUUUGGCCACAACGGGUGGCCGGCGGGGGCGCCCGGCGGACAUCGGGCCGCCGCUGGUCGCCUCCGGCCUGCUGAGCGCCUUCGUGGUAAGGCCUGA